AUGGACAACGUGACGCCCGGCAGCUCUCCGGGCCAGACGGCGCCCAGCGACUACAACUACCUGGCGCUGGCGCUGGGCGUGCCGCUGAUCCUCGUCAUCAUCCUGGGGAACGUCCUGGUGUGUCUGAGCGUGCUCACCGAGCGCUCGCUCAAGACCGCCACCAACUACUUCAUCAUCAGCCUGGCGGUGGCCGACCUGCUGCUGGCCGUGCUCGUGCUGCCGCUGUUCGUCUACUCCGAGUUCCUCGGGGGGAUCUGGACGUUGAGCACGUACGUGUGCGACGCUCUGAUGACGAUGGACGUCAUGCUGUGCACCGCCUCCAUCCUGAAUCUGUGCGCCAUCAGCGUGGACAGGUACAUUGCUGUUGUCGUUCCACUGAAGUACAACCGGAACCAGUUCAGCGUUCGCCAGCUGGCUCUCAUCACCGCCACCUGGGUGCUCUCUCUGGGCGUGGCCAGCCCGGUUAUCUUCGGCCUGAACCGGGUCCCGGAUCGAGACCCCAGCGUGUGCAAGCUGGAGGACGACCGCUUCGUGGUGUACUCCUCGGUGUGUUCCUUCUUCGUGCCUUGCCCCGUGAUGCUCUUCCUGUAUUACUGGAUGUUCCGCGGCCUGCGGCGGUGGAGCGGCCGCAGCCGGUCCCGGCCGGCCCGGACCGGCCGCCGGGCUCUGUCCUUGCGCCUCAGCUCGGCUCUGCGGCGCGCCAAAACCACGAACGCUGGGAGCCACGAGAAGGUCGUGUACACGGCGCCGGUCGCGCUGAGUCCUAUGUCGCCGUCCACCGCCUCACCGACAACGCCGGCGGUGACCCCGGUGACGGAGGACCACCUGGACACGGCGGUGGCGGCAGAGAGCGACCCGAUGACGACGCAAAUGGACAGCGUCUCGGACGGGGAGGUCACGGACAGGAGGGACGGAGGCAGCCAGAGGCAGAACGGCCUGAAGAGCAACGCCGCCAAGAGAGGACGGAGGAACAGCAAGAGCAGCCGGGUCAGCGGCCGCGAGCGAAAAGCCAUGAAGGUCCUGCCCGUUGUGGUGGGGGUGUUUCUGGCCUGCUGGACGCCGUUCUUCGUCGUGCACGUCACCAAAGUGUGGUGCCGGUCCUGCAGCAUCGGCCCCACCCUCAUCUCCGUGGUGACGUGGCUCGGCUACGUCAACAGCGCCGUCAACCCCGUCAUCUACACCGCCUUCAACGCCGAGUUCCGGAACGUCUUUCACAAGCUGCUCUGCUGCCGGACGUGAAUCCGGCCGAGACUCG